GCGGCCGCCGGCUCCGGGACUGACCGACCUCGUUGCCACUCCCCGCGUUGCCGCCUCGCCUCCCGGCACCCGUGUGCCCCGACUCGCCCGCGCCCCAACUCCCCGGCGGGGUGGCGGCGGCCGGGUCCCCGCGGCGGCGGCCGGAGCAGCAGCGGCAGCAAGAGCCCGCCUCUAUGAUGAAGUUCAAGCCCAACCAGACGCGGACCUAUGACCGCGAGGGCUUCAAGAAGCGGGCGGCGUGCCUGUGCUUCCGGAGCGAGCAGGAGGACGAGGUGCUGCUCGUGAGCAGCAGCCGGUACCCGGACCAGUGGAUUGUCCCUGGAGGAGGCAUGGAGCCGGAGGAGGAACCCGGCGGCGCAGCCGUGAGGGAGGUUUAUGAAGAGGCUGGAGUCAAAGGAAAAUUAGGCAGACUCCUGGGCAUAUUUGAGCAGAAUCAAGACCGAAAGCAUAGAACAUAUGUUUAUGUUCUUACUGUCACUGAAAUACUCGAAGAUUGGGAAGAUUCUGUUAAUAUAGGAAGGAAGAGAGAGUGGUUCAAAGUAGAAGAUGCCAUCAAAGUUCUCCAGUGUCAUAAGCCUGUACAUGCAGAGUAUCUGGAAAAACUAAAGCUGGGUUGUUCUCCAACCAAUGGAAAUUCCACGGUCCCUUCCCUUCCAGAUAACAACACCUUAUUUGUGACUGCCGCACAGACCUCUGGGUUGCCAUCCAGUAUAAGAUAGAACUGGGAGGACCUCCCAAGUGCAGUCUUGUGGGGAGAGGUCUCUUUUAUUUUCCUUGGCAAACAUCUGAAUGACUCUUGCAAACUGAAUUUGCAAUGCAGGAUUUUCAAACAAUUUGCAUGUUUUUCAGAUGUUUUCAAAUCUUCUCUAAAAAAAAAUUGUAAAAUAUUUUAAUAAGCCAAAGCCAUGUGGAAUUUUUUUUAGAUGCCUUAACUCUGCCCCCAACCCAUCCCAUCCCCAUUUUAGUUCAUUUUUUUUCACAGCGUUUUGUUCAGUUUUUUGUCCAUUUGACAUCAGUCUGUGGUUUCUUGUCAGAUCAGCUUACUUAUGGGUAUAUCUUCUAAAUUAUUUUCUCAUCACAGCAUUAACAUAGUCAACAAAUUCUGUUGUAGAAAUUUACGAAAAUAAUUCUUGAUAUUAAAUCUAUUUGAUCUGAAAGCUUGUUUCAUAGGAUCAUAGUUUUAAUUUCUAAAUUCCAGAUUUGGACUAUUUCUGUAUGGUCCAAUAACUAUUUUGACAAAGGACUUUUUGCUAUUUUCAGGAAUUUGUCAACUCAUUUGUCCUGAAUUUUCACAA